AGAUCGGGCUGUGUCUGCGCCAAGUGUCAGAUCCCUGUUCCCCCUCACCUGCUCAUCCUGAGGACUGCAGCAAGCCUCUGGCAUGGAGGGGUGGGGAUGCCAGGAGGACCCUGCAGAGUACUGUGCAGGAGGCUACUACCCUGUGCAGAAGGGAGACAUAUUCAGUGGAAGAUACCAGGUGGUGCACAAGCUGGGCUGUGGCUACUUCUCUACAGUCUGGUUGUGUCAGGACAUGGUAGAGAAGAGGCGUGUAGCUGUGAAGGUGGCCAAGGGUGGGGAGAGCUUUGCUGAGGCUGCCCAGGAUGAAAUCUCUCUCCUCCAGUGUGUGAGCAGCAUGAAGAAGAAGGACCUGGCAGGGGAGAAUAUUGUCCAUUGUUUAGAUGACUUCAAAAUGAUUGGAGCAAAUGGCUUUCAUGUGUGCUUGGUGUUUGAGUUGCUGGGCCCUUCUCUGCGAUGUCUGAUGAGGAGCCAUGGAACCCAGGGUCUCCCCUUGCCCUUUGUGAAAAAAGCCUUACAGCAGGUACUGGCAGGGCUACAGUUCCUGCAUACAAAUUGUCGGAUUAUCCAUACAGACAUCAAGCCAGAGAACAUCUUGCUGCAGUUGGAUGAGGAGAGUCUCCAGAAGCUUCUGCAUGACACAGCUGCCUGGAGCCAAAGUAUAAAUCUGGGCCUAAAGAAACCAGGAAUUCUUGCCAAUCAAUUGGAUCAUUGCAAUAUAAUGAAAAUGGGAGUGAAAAUUGCGGACCUAGGCAGCGCAUGCUGGACCUACAAGCCCCUUUCCAAAGAGAUCCAGACCCAGCCAUACCGAGCCCUGGAAGUUCUUCUUGGGUUAGAUUACAGCACUCCUGCAGAUAUCUGGAGCACAGCCUGCCUGGCAUUUGAAAUGGUGACCGGCGAGUGCCUUUUUGAACCCCAGGCCGGGAAAUAUUUCUCCAGAGAUGAUGAUCAUGUUGCUCGUAUCAUUGAACUCCUGGGAAGAAUUCCUCCUAAAAUUAUUUUCUCCUGGAAACAGUCGUCUAAAUUCUUCAGCAGACAAGGUGCUCUCCUACGGAUUUCCAGGCUUUUCCCCUGCACUCUGUACAACACCCUAAUGGACAGAUACAACUGGACAAAGCAAGAGGCCGCUCCAUUUACUAGCUUCCUUCUGCCAAUGCUGGAAUACACACCAGCCAAACGGACAACAGCAGUGAAAUGCCUCCAACACCCAUGGCUGAGUAGCUAGUGUCCAGAUCAGUCUUGUGACUCUUUCUCUGGAGAUGGAACACAGAAAAUCAGUUUAUUCCACAGGACAUAGAACCAUACCAGAUGGCAAAUCUGUUGAAGAUGCAGGCCACAGAAUUCAUAGUGGAAUUCAAGCAUUGGCAGCCUUUUUCUCUCCCACUAUGUUCCUGUCCUUUCACCAGGCUCCAUUCCCUUAACACCAUAAUCCAAGUAGCCUGAUUGAGUCUCACUCUCCUUCCUCAGCAGCUUGUUGUCUGUUACAAUGGCUCCAUCUCCUCUGUUCCUGAACCUAGGUGCUUUUACUCCAUUACUUUCCCAUUUAUUGCCACAUUUCUGCACCUGCCACCAAUCUGUCUACAGAGAUGGCACAACUCAACUUCCAUAUUGGUUUCUGCAGAAGCUAGACUUCCAUUCAAAGAAAAGUUAGGUUUCUAGUCCUCUGUGCAGAGAUCUCUAACCUGCUGCCCGCUAAAUGUGGGAAGUCACAAAUAGCUAAUCCUUCAGCAGGUAUAGAAGAGCUAAGCCCACUGUAGUUUCUCUGACUCAGAGUACAAGCUGUGCGAGGAGGCUCUACAAAGGGUUUUCAUUGUCUGGUAGUGGUACUGCUGGAACGGAAGCAGAUCUUUAGGCCUAGCUCCCUAACCAAGUAGGGAAUGUUCAUGGGCUCCAUCAGUUACUCUAGAUGUGGAGAAGCUGCCAGGCUCUGGGAAGGAUUUCUUUCCCCAUAAAUCUUAAAUUCUGUGAGAAAAGCCUUUUGCUUGGGGCAGGAACGAGGAAGAGAGGGGACCAGCAAGUCUUUAGUGUGAACUAUCUAGUACAGGUUCUCAAACUGGAGUCCACGAGGAUACUCCAGGGGAUCCAGGAGUCAUGUCCAGGACCACCAGCCCCGCCAAUCAACUCCUCCCCCUUCCUCCCAGUACCUCCUGCAGGCCACAGA